AUGCUUCUUAAAGCUGCCAAAACAGGACCAAUGAAGAUGUUCACCAGGCUGCAGGUGCUUGCCCUUGCUUUGCUCUGCAAAGGAGUUUUCCUUUCCCUAAGUGACCAUAACUUUUUAAGAAAGGAAAUUAAGAUAGAAGGAGACUUAGUCUUAGGUGGUUUAUUCCCAAUUAAUGAAAAAGGCACCGGGACAGAAGAAUGUGGGAGAAUCAAUGAAGACCGAGGCAUCCAGCGCUUGGAGGCUAUGUUGUUUGCCAUUGAUGAAAUCAACAGAGACAAUUACUUGCUCCCAGGAAUUAAGCUUGGAGUUCAUAUUUUGGACACAUGUUCAAGGGAUACAUACGCGUUAGAACAGUCUCUGGAGUUUGUCAGGGCAUCUUUGACUAAAGUGGACGAAGCGGAGUAUAUGUGCCCCGAUGGAUCUUACGCCAUUCAAGAAAACAUUCCGUUACUCAUUGCAGGUGUCAUAGGUGGUUCUUAUAGCAGUGUCUCCAUACAGGUUGCAAAUUUGCUGAGGCUAUUCCAGAUCCCCCAGAUCAGCUAUGCUUCCACCAGUGCCAAGCUGAGUGACAAGUCCCGCUAUGAUUAUUUCGCAAGGACGGUCCCCCCCGACUUCUAUCAAGCAAAAGCAAUGGCUGAGAUCUUACGGUUCUUCAACUGGACCUACGUGUCAACGGUUGCCUCAGAAGGAGACUAUGGAGAGACAGGGAUCGAAGCCUUUGAACAGGAGGCUCGCCUCCGGAACAUCUGCAUUGCCACCUCAGAGAAGGUUGGCAGGUCCAACAUCAGGAAGUCCUAUGACAGCGUGAUCAGAGAGCUGCUCCAGAAACCCAACGCAAGGGUGGUCGUGCUCUUCAUGCGAAGCGAUGACUCUCGGGAGCUCAUUGCUGCCGCUAACCGAUUCAACGUUUCCUUUACGUGGGUCGCCAGUGAUGGGUGGGGGGCCCAGGAGAGCGUUGUCAAGGGCAACGAGCACGUAGCUUAUGGAGCAAUAACCCUGGAACUUGCUUCCCACCCAGUUAAAGAGUUUGACAGAUACUUCCAAAGCCUCAAUCCUUAUAAUAAUCAUCGCAAUCCCUGGUUCAGGGACUUUUGGGAGCAAAAAUUCCAGUGCAGUCUCCAGAACAGAAAGCCGCACAGAAAAGCUUGUGACAAACACUUAAAUAUCAACAGUUCCAAUUACGAGCAGGAAUCCAAGAUCAUGUUUGUGGUGAAUGCUGUGUACGCGAUGGCCCACGCCUUGCACAAAAUGCAACGGACACUGUGCCCCAACACCACCAAACUGUGUGAUGCCAUGAAACUUCUGGAUGGCAAGAAGCUGUAUAAAGAUUACCUACUGAAAGUUAACUUCACAGCUCCAUUUAACCCUCCCAAUGCUGCGGACAGCGUGGUCAAAUUUGACACCUAUGGAGAUGGGCUAGGCCGAUACAACGUGUUCAAUUUCCAGUACGCCGGAGGCAGAUAUUCCUACCUGAAGGUCGGUCACUGGGCAGAAAUCUUGUCACUGGACGUAGACUCAAUUCACUGGUCCAGAAGCUCUGUCCCCACUUCCCAGUGUAGCGACCCCUGUGCUCCUAAUGAAAUGAAGAACAUGCAACCAGGAGAUGUCUGCUGUUGGAUCUGCAUUGCCUGUGAGCCCUUUGAAUACUUGGCUGAUGAAUUUACCUGUGCAGACUGCGGGUCUGGGCAGUGGCCCACUGCUGACCUAACUGGCUGCUAUGACCUACCAGAAGACUAUGUCAAGUGGGAAGAUGCCUGGGCAAUAGGCCCUGUUACCAUUGCAUGUCUGGGUUUUAUUUGUACCUUCAUGGUCGUGGCAGUCUUUAUCAAGCACAACAACACUCCCCUGGUCAAAGCUUCUGGCCGUGAACUGUGUUACAUAUUACUCUUCGGGGUCUUCCUGUCUUACAGCAUGACAUUCUUCUUCAUAGCCAAGCCUUCUCCGGCCAUCUGCACCUUACGCCGUUUGGGGCUGGGAAGUUCUUUUUCAGUUUGCUAUGCUGCCCUCCUGACAAAGACAAACUGCAUAGCCAGAAUAUUUAACGGUGUGAAGAAUGGUGCUCAACGGCCUAAAUUCAUCAGCCCCAGCUCUCAGGUCUUCAUCUGCCUGAGCCUCAUCUUGGUACAGAUUGUGGUGGUGUCUGUGUGGCUCAUAGUAGAGUCCCCGGGCACCAGACGGUAUACUCUUCCUGAGAAAAGGGAGACUGUCAUAUUGAAAUGCAAUGUCAAAGAUUCCAGUAUGUUAAUCUCCUUAACAUACGAUGUAAUCCUUGUCGUUUUAUGCACUGUAUAUGCCUUCAAAACAAGGAAGUGCCCAGAGAACUUCAACGAAGCCAAGUUUAUCGGUUUCACAAUGUACACAACGUGCAUCAUUUGGCUGGCCUUCCUCCCCAUAUUUUAUGUGACAUCUAGUGACUACAGAGUGCAGACCACGACCAUGUGCAUCUCUGUCAGUCUGAGUGGCUUUGUUGUGCUCGGCUGUUUGUUCGCGCCCAAAGUGCACAUCAUCCUCUUCCAGCCACAGAAGAACGUGGUCACUCACAGACUCCAUCUCAACAGGUUCAGCGUCAGUGGGACCGGAACCACUUAUUCCCAGUCAUCUGCUAGUACGUACGUUCCGACAGUCUGCAAUGGACGGGAAGUCCUAGAUUCUACCACCUCAUCUCUGUGA